AUGGCCCACUGGAGAGAGGAAUAUUUCGCUGCGUUGGCUGUUCGUGAUCAAAGAGAGAAGGCCAACCUCGCGCUCUAUGAUUCCUAUACUCGUCUGGCCGAUCGUACAGCCACGCUUGCAACUUCCAUAGACGCAGAUUCAACCUCUCCAGACGAGCAAAGAUCGUCACCUCACAGUGAAGCUCAACGUGCCGGUUCUUCGAUUCAAACAUCCAAGAAACAACCGGCAGAGGGUGGGCCCUCCCCUACAGUACUUUUGAAUACCACGCGCGCGGACUUGGCCGAGGCACAACGAUCGCGAUCCGAGUUACAAGAAAAGCUCAAUCAAGUUACUACUGAGGUAGAGAAACUUCGCAAGAGGAAUACCAAAGAUGGCCGACGCAUCAAUGCCCUAGAAAGUGAACGGCUGCAAUUGUAUUCCCGUCUUAAGGACAGGGACGAGGAGCUAAGAGGAAAGGCAAAACUGCUCGAGGAUUUCCAAGAUGAAAUGGCAACUCUCAAUCUUCAAUUAAACAUGGCCGACCAAAAGUCGCAUCAACUUCAACGUGAGAACCAGGAACUGGUUGAUCGUUGGAUGAAGAGAAUGGGACAGGAGGCAGAUGCGAUGAAUAAUGCCUCUAAGUUUUCCUAA